AAAUGAAAAAAAGUGGAAUGCCCACGAAGAAGAAGAGACCAUCGAGGAAGUACCGCAGAAGACCCAGCAAUCUCAGGAAGGAAUAUGCAAGACGACAAAUGAAGGUUUCUUGGAUGGAAACUCAUAUUUGGCACGCCAAACGCUUCCAUAUGGUCAAGAAAUGGGGUUAUAAAAUUCCCUGGGCACCCUGUGACAAGAGCUACAGGGCCUGCUAUCGAGCUACGGCAAAGCACUGCCUUAUUCAGGAUAUUUCCUACCUGAAUUGCGUGGAAAUCCGAGGAAAGAUGGAUGAGCUGUCACCGCAACUCAAAAGACUCUGCAAUCCCUCAGAACUUUCUUUCACAGCCAAGUGCUAUAUUUCCGGACAGAGAGAAGGGACUUUAGAUAUUUUUAAGCAUGACAAAUAUCCUCUAGGAGCGAUUGGGAAUGUGAGAUUCUUCUGGAAACCUCCUGGACAGGAAGAGCUCUCUCGUCUUUGGAUAUUCAUCCAUCCAUCCUUUCACAAUAUUUUUAUCAGCGAACUCGAGGAUCUGUUUCACCUGAAGAGAAUUACCGAAAUGGAUGUAGAUGAGGAGAAGACUGUAGAUGAACAAUCUCUUACAGUCUACAAAUGCCCCGGAAGCAGUGUUGAAGUUCAAGAAUUGAGACCGAAAUUGAAUAGAUUUCGUCUUACAGGACCUCUGUCUAAUGCAGUACUGAGCCGUGCUCUCAAAUGCAAGCAGAACCCUGAGAUUGAAUCCCAGAAUUUCAGUCCGGAAGCUCAUGAAAUUCAAAUGAAAUACUGGAAUGAGAUUUCUGAGAUAUCUUCUCCAGCUGAACUGCCCUCCAAUAUUAUUCUAAGCCUCACAGUUGAGGAUCCUCGAAUUAAUCGACCACAGAAGAGGACAAAGGCCCUUCCGGAAGCCCUUCCCUUAACUUCAGCUGCUCUGAAAAUCCCUCCUCAAAUUAACAUCAGCCCAAUAUGGGAUCAAGAAUUGAGGAAAAAUCUUCCGGAAAGGAUGAUGAAUACGGGAAAGUACAAUGAGAGACGCAAGAAGGAAGCUCUAGCUCCGGGAGAACGAUGUAGCUUUGAAGAUAAACUUCAGGCUCUUCCACUUCUCCUAAUACAGAGGCCAGGAUUGCGAGACAGCUCAAAGCCUCUAGGAUUCUGCAGUGGCUGGGAUGUGAUCGUCCCUGCUGGAUAUGGCAUAGUUACCUGGGUUUCUUUGAUAAUGUGGGGAGCUCGAGCUGGAGGAUGGCGAGAGACUAUUUCAACUCACAGAGAAAUGGGACGUGAUGUCUUUGCCCCGGACACAAUGGUUUCCCAGAAGGAAGAGGAUACAGAAGCUGAAGAAUUGCGAGCAAAAUACUUCAGAAGACCCUCAAAAAAGCGACCAAACUACACAAAACUCUCCAUAACCAGUCCAUUUCAGUGUCCUUGGAAGCAGCUUGUGAAGGAAUGGUCAGAGGAUUCUUCAGAAUCCUUCUAUGUGCUCCGUGACAGGAAAAUCCUUGAUCAGUGCGAAAAGGCCCUGAAGAAUCAGCAAUCUGUGGAGUCAAUUGCUUUAACAAAUGCAGCCCUCAUUCCCGUUUACAUUCGUUUGAUUUCCCGCGGGAAUCCGGGAAAUUUUUCAAUUCUUGCCCUCCCUCAUCCAGAAGAUCUCAAAAAGAAACAUUCUGGUCAAAAUGGAAUACUUCAUUCUGAGCCAGUGGUUAAAGAUUCAAAUUCAAAAAUAAGGAAAAUCCUUCGUCUGAAGCAUACACGUUUUCUCAAGAAACAGCGACGAAUGAGGAUUCGCCUUAAGAAGAAACAUCAAGAAAAAUCAACGGAAAGAGUCAAACUGCCACGGAAAAAAUCUCCACUUGUCCUCCAGGAAUGUUGCAAAUUCAAAGAAAAGAUGGAAGAGCUUUGGUUGCCUAAGAAUCCGUUAAGGAUUAAAGAUCAAUGCUCAAGGACGGUAAUUGGGUAUGUGACACAAAGUGACUUCAUUUUCACUGACUCGACAGUGUCUGCAAUUGGAUAUGUCACAUGGAAUGGUUUCCGGGAGUUAGUUGGAAAGUGUAAGAAGUCGAAACAGGCCACUGUUUUAGUUAGAGGCACUAAAACCAGGCAUUAUCGUGGAGGAAGUAUUUCUAUUCGACGACAAUAGAAGGAUCAAUGAGCAGUUUCAGAAGAAAUCUUCAGAUAACCUGAUGUACAAUUAAUAAACACCACGGAUGGAAUACUUCAAAUUAACUCUUAAAGGGAAUUAUUUACUUUUGGACUAAGAAACAUUAUGGAUUGGACAGAGGGUGAUCUUGUGUGGUUUGAUCCUGGUCUUGGACAUCCAUUACCAGGUGAAAUCCAUGAAGUUCAUCGGGCAGCACAAGUGAUUAUUGUCCAGGCAGUUAUAAAUGGAAAGCCACAGACAUUUACACUGUCUCUUGGAGAGGGACAACUGCAGGCACGUCAGGAUUUGGGUAGCAAUGGGGUAGAUGAUAUGACUCAACUCAAUGACCUCCAUGAGGCAUCCCUUCUAUGGAAUUUGCGACUUCGAUACGAUCGUGGCCUGAUCUAUACAUUUGCCGGAAGUAUUCUCAUAGCAGUUAAUCCGUACAAAAUGUUCCCGGAUUCGUAUGGCCUGGAAGUUGCAAAGCAAUAUGCCGGUCGUCCUUUGGGAAUGCUUCCUCCUCAUCUAUUUGCCAUUGGUGCAGCAGCUCAUGCUGCCCUUCCAUCACCCCAAGUUGUUGUUAUUUCUGGUGAAUCUGGCUCGGGAAAAACAGAAUCUACCAAAUUAGUAAUGCAAUAUUUGGCAGCUGUUGUGCCUGGAGGAGGAUCAGCUAGUGCUGUAAUCACUGAGCAAAUUCUCGAAGCUGCACCACUUCUAGAGGCAUUUGGUAAUGCAAGAACUGCCAGAAAUGACAAUAGCUCACGAUUUGGAAAAUACCUCGAAGUUUAUUUUAAACAAGGUGCCAUUGUGGGUGCAAAAAUAACACAAUACUUACUAGAGAAGUCUAGAAUUGUAACACAAGCUCCGGGAGAGAGAAAUUAUCAUGUAUUUUAUGAAUUGCUUGGUGGAUUGACUGAAGCGGAGAGGACAAAAUAUGGACUUUUGGAAGCAGAAAAGUAUUUCUAUCUCAAUCAAGGUGGUUCUGAUUGUGCUCCAGGACGCGUUGACUGGGCAGCACUACAGGGUGCUAUGCAAGUUCUUGGGGUGUCAGAAAGUGAACGUGAGGGAAUUGUUCGUGUUUUGGCAUCUGUUCUCCAUCUCGGGAAUGUUUACUUCCAUCGGCGUCAGUUGAGGCAUGGGCAGGAGGGUGUUGAAGUGGGAUCAGAUGCUGAGAUUAAAUGGUCAGCACAUCUACUGCAGAUUUCUGCAGAUGGUCUUCUGAGGUCACUCACAACACGAAUAACUGAAGCACGAGCUGAGCGUCUCCAUACACCGCUGAGUAUCGAUCAAGCUCUAGAUAUGAGGGAUGCCUUUGCCAAAGCUCUCUAUUCGGGAUUGUUCAAUUGGUUGGUAUCCCGAAUUAAUUCUAUCGUUCACAAGGGUGGAACUCAUGAUGCUCAGAGAAUAUCAAUCCUAGACAUUUUUGGCUUUGAGGAUCUUGCGGAGAAUUCUUUUGAACAAUUGUGCAUCAAUUAUGCCAAUGAAAAUCUCCAUUUGUAUUUCAACAAACAUGUUUUUAAGCUCGAACAAGCUGAGUAUCAACGUGAGAGGCUGGAUUGGACACCUCUAACUUGGGAGGAUAAUUUGCCAGUGAUUCAUUUGAUGGCGAAAAAACCUGUUGGUAUUUUUCAUCUAUUGGAUGAUGAAUCAAAUUUUCCACGAGCUACAGAUAUAAGUUUUUUGGAGAAGUGCCACUACAAUCAUGCCCUUAGUGAAUUGUAUUCACGACCUAGGAUUGGUGCUCAAGAAUUUGGUAUAACUCACUAUGCUGGGCAAGUGUGGUACUGUGUUGAGGGAUUUCUUGAGAAGAAUCGCGAUGCUCUGGCAAUGGAUUUGCUGGAGUUGCUUUCUUCCAGCAAACAAACUCUUGUGACGGAUAUGACAAGGAUGCUGAGAGCACAACGUGAUGCUGGAAAAUCUAUGCCACGUGGAGCCAAUGGACGAUUUGUCACAAUGAAACCACGAACACCGACAGUUGCAGCUCGCUUCUCGGAUUCCCUGCAGCAGUUACUGCAAUCCAUGGCACGAUGCAAUCCAUGGUUUGUACGCUGCAUCAAGCCCAACAAUGACAAACAAGCUCUGAGGAUGGACAUGCCUUGUGUCCUGCAGCAACUCCGCUACCUGGGUAUGCUGGAUACCAUUCGUAUUCGUCAAAAAGGGUAUCCGGUCCGUUUGAGAUUUCAGCAUUUUGUUGAACGCUAUCGACAUAUGCUGAAAACUCCCAUACCCCGUGGAACGCCCUACCGUGAGCUGUGUCGCAUGGUCCUGGACAAUCUGCCCAAAACGGCGAUUGAAGGACCAGACUUUCAGCUUGGUGCUACGAGAGUAUUCCUCAGGGAGGAAUUGCAUAGGAUUCUCGAGAAUGGACGGUCUGAAAGGUUGCGAAAUGCCGCAGUUGUGGUGCAAAAGCAUGUUCGUGGCAUGCUGACACGGAAGAAGUUACAGCGACAGAAGAGAGCAGCUGUUAAAAUUCAAUCUCUCUGGCGUGGCAGGAGACAGAAGAGAAAAUUCCAAAAUUUGAAACGGGCUGCAGUGAAAGCCCAAGCUCUGUAUCGAGGAAAAGUCCAGCGAAAACGCUAUGGGAUGCUAAAGGCGGAAAUGAAGAGGAGACGAGAUGCCGAAAGAUCCCAACGGGAGAGACUUGCUCAGAGAUUGGCAAAGGAACAGGGCGAGAGGAGUCCAGUUGUGCAUUUAGAUGUACCGGCAGAGUUAGCAUUUAUCUUUUCGAAAAUCGAAGGAUGGAACAGUGUACACGGUGAUCGGCAUCUGGUGAAAGUUGUAGGAACAGUUCCCGGGCCACCGGUCACGGGAAAAUUGCCAGAUGAUCUCGAUCAGUUUGCUUUUGGGAAAUUCAGUUCAGUCUACUGCAAUGGCGCUCGAUUGGGGGCUCGAAGAGAUCCAAUAAAUUCGCCAUUUCUGUCACGAGCUGCAGCACGCGAUCAAGACUUCCAAGAUGCUCUGGCGAUGUUCAAGUUAAUUCUACGCUGGACUGGAGAUACCACGAUGGAUGGAGUGAAGGAAAAAGCACUAGCAGACUACAUUGUGCACAAGGGAUUGUCCAGUCGUGGGUUGAGAGAUGAAAUUCUCGUACAACUCUGCAAUCAAUCGCAUCGAACAGAUGAUGCUCACUCUCAGCGUAUUUGGCAACUUAUGAUCCACUGCCUCUCAUGCUUCCAGCCAGGAUCGGCUUUCAACAAAUACCUUAUUAAAUUUGUCAUGGACAAUGCACCAGAAACUAUGCAAGAGAUGCUGCUGAAGAAGCUACUGAGAAAUGGAAAUACUCUUCAGGCUCCGCCAUGUCGUCUUUUUCCACCGACAUGGCUUGAAUGGCGUUCCAUGUCGCGUCUGUCGGAUAUUGCAAUCGGACUCACUCUGCCCGAUGGUGUUAGUCAAACUGUAGCCAUUGAUUCAUGGACAACGUGCGAAGAAGCAGCAGGUCUUGCAGUAUCUUCACUGGGAAUACCUAGUAAUGGAUGGACAGUGGUUAUGGAUGAUACAGGAUUGCUUACAGAUUCCUGUGGAUUGGAUUUUGUGCUAGAUCUCGUAGCGGAGAAGGAGCUGUGCCCGGCUUUUCCAGCUGUUCGAAGUGAUUUGUUGCGGUGCGGCAGAAAAAAUUCCCAAGCUCCAUUGGCCGAUGUUGAAUUGAGUAGUAGUAGCCCAAGAAGGCCUCAAGUUCCCCCACCUGAGCCACCUAGGGUUGCCAGUGUUCAGGAAAAUGUGCUUGAGAAGAAAAUUGAGUCUGAAGAGCGAAAAUUGGACUAUCGUCCAUUUGAGAGUGUUACAAGGAAGACAUCACAUGAUCUGCUAUCGCGAAGUUCAGCUCUCAAUGAGAGAUAUUUCGAGAGUGAUAAAGUACGAUCGCGAUCUCUGGAUGAUCUUCUUGCUGGAGAACCACUGGAAGUUCCACCGAGGCAGAAUCAGGAGCCAUUGACUACAUUGGGACUAUCAGAAAGUCGCCUCAAUGAUCGCUAUCAUUCGACAGAACGCUUGGCACAGACAAAACAGCAACUGGAACCUCCGCCGAGGUAUCAAAAGUCUCAGUACGCUGGCAAACGCUCCGCUAGUUCGCAUUCGAGUAAAUAUAUUGACAGGGGCGAGUACGGAAUUAGAUCAUCUGCAAUGUCGGACACGAGUGAAGCUCCAUCUCUAGCAAGCCAUGUGAGACGGGUGCGUGUACCCUCUCAGGCGUCAGAUGUUGAUCAAUUCCUCGAUGAACUCUUCAGUCCUGUCCUCGAUGGCUCUCUAGACGAACUUUCCGAUGCACGAUCAUUAGCAGCAAGUAUUCGAGGUGGUGGAUAUUCGAUGGAGUUUGAAGAUUUCGCCAGUACUUCUGUAAUUGACGAAGAUAUAAUUGAAAUGUGCAAUCCACAAGAACUCAUUAAGAGAAUCAAGGGUGGCGGCGAAAAAUCACAAAAAUCCUCAUCACAGGAUCCUGAUGCAGAAGUAGCUUCAAUUAAUGAUCCACUAGAAAUUUCUGUUGAUGACUACAUUACGAAUCUCUUUCAACCAAUCUUCAUCAAUGAUUCCCUGAGACAUCUCACUGAGAAAUUGGAACUUGUGGAUGCAAUUAAGGGUGGUGGUACAACACAGGCAGGUCAAGCUGCAAAUGGCUUUGGUGGAUCUGUCAGACCCAAUCCACUCCAUACAAUCCGUCCGGAUGCCAUAUCUAUGAUGCCUAUAGCGAGUGAUGAAUCACUUUCCUAUCAGCAGCACGUUCAGCGAUCCUUCCUUGAGUCAGCAAUGGCACAAAAUCUACAAAUACAGCAGCAGCUCAUGGAACAAAAUCAGGCACUUCAGAAUCUUCUACGGCAGCAAGAGAAUGCUCCAGUUUCACCACAUGGUCAAGUAGCUGGGAGAAAGCCAAGUUUUAAGGGACGCAGUUCGUCAUCGCCUUUCCUCGAUAUGCUUCGAAAUCGCAAAGUAUCAUCGGACAGUGUUGGUUCACUGAUCCCUCCACCACCACCACCACCAAUGCCGCCUCCUCUGGAAUUCAAGGAUCCCUCUGAGGCAAGACCAUUUAUCGAUCCAUACGGACGUGCUAAAACUGUACGUAUUGGCAAAUGGCGUUGGCCACCACCCCAAGAAACACCAACCAAUGAAACCGACGAAGAUUUCAUGUACUUCAAGAUGCGCCAGAAUCAGCGAAAAACCAGUCCUCAAGCAAAUAAUCAAACCAGUGGAUCACCCGAUGAUUCAGGAACAAUUGACUGGGAGGAAUUUGAAGUGGAUCGUAUUGUAAAAUCAUCGAAUGCCACAAAUAAAAAUGUUCAUAAAGAUUCCACACAAUCUGAACAGAAAUCAAUGGUGACGCAGAAUGCUCCAGGAAAGAUUGUUCAGCGUCGUAGUUUUGAAAUUGGUGCAGAACGUCCGCCACCAGGAAGUGUUGGUAAAUUGAAAUUGAGUUCAGAGAUGCGACAGAGAUUGGAACAGGUUACUGCUGGACAUUCAGUGAGAUCUUCAAACAGUACCCGUUCAGAUAGGCCUGAAAGGAUGCCUGCAAAACUGGAAGAUGCCCGUCGUAUGAUGCUUGAACAGCAACUCGGUGGCAUUGGAAUGUUCAGCCAGAAUGAGCAGAGGUCAAGGAGUCCAGAAGUACCAUCAGUAAGGAGUCAAGUACAACGAAUGGAGCUAGGAAAGAGACCAACUCCACCUCCAUGGCCAGUGGUUUUACCACCAGCACCGCCUGGUCCGGCACCACCACCUCCAAUCAGGCCACCAAAUAGUGUGCCACCAGUUCCACCACCACCAGCUCCGGUAAUUCCACAGCAAGUACAACAUCACCGUGGAGAAACGACGGUAAAUGAACUUCCAGCUUUUAUUCAACGUCAAGAGAAAGAUACAUUUGGAGUACGGUCCGGAUGGGGUGCUGGAGGCAGCAAUAAGGAGACGUGUGAUUCGUGGGGAAAAGCAGAAGCUGCUAAACUCGAUAUGGUUUACGAAACCAAUUUCAAGAAGGAAAUUGCAAUUGAGAGAGAAAGAUCACGAUCACGUUCGAGAUCGCGUGAUCGGGAAAAUUUCAGCGAAGAUGUAUGGGAUCGGGCAGAAGUGGAGGGUCCACCAUCAAGUGGUAGCGAUCGUGAACGUGAAAAGGAUCGUGAGAAGCGUGAACGUCUCUAUGAGAUACGUCAGGUGGAGCGUGAGCGUGAAAGUAAUAAGGUAUAUCAGCCAGUACCGCCAAAAAGUAUUGCACCUGACAAGGACAAAAUUCGUGGACCAUCCGAAAGGGCAACAUUCAAGACACACAUGGCGCAGAAAAGUGCCCAAGAGAGGGAGAGAAAGAGCUCAGCAUCGACUUUGGUGUCAAAUAACACGGAGAAAAUGGAUGAAUUGGAUAGUAGUCCGGACAAUUGGCCACUUCCAGCAAUUCCGGCACCUGUUCCAGCUCCACCAUCCCUCAAAAUGCCAGCACUGGCCUGUCUCACGUACAAUCGUGUGCCAUGGAAAUUACGCGUUAGAAAGGAGGUCUUCCGUCCGGCUGAAGCAAUUGGUCCACCAGCAGCUCUCGAUCUUCUCUUUGCCCAAAUUGCAACAGAUGUCUUUGGGCGCACGGCAUGCUUGAGAAUUACGCCCAGUGAACGAAGGGCUGCUCUGAAUCUUCUCGAGGGACAUGGGGUUACAAUGGAAAAUAUCCGUGGUCAGGUUCGUGCAAUUGUAAAGCGGCACUUGGUGGACUUGGCACGCAACUGGCCUUUCUAUUUUGCACGAUUGUUUGUCGUGAGUGGAUCACCGCAAUUGUCAGAAGUUAGCAUUCUUGCUAUUUCUCACAGUGGAGUCUACCUAGCACGUCGCAAUUCGGAACACCUUUUGGUCAUUAGAUCGAUACCCUUUCCUGAACUCCAAAGUGCCACAACAUUACCGCGUCCGGCUGCUCUUCAGCUCAAUCUUCUCAAUGGCAAUCGCAUCGUUCUCCAUGCACCAAGAGCUCCAGCUAUUCAGAGUAUGCUGAUGGUUUUCUGCCAGGAAUUUAAAGUGGUUCACUCGAAGACAUCGACACUGUCUUCAGGAGCACGAGCAGCAGCCGCUACUUUAAAUGCUAAUCAUACAGAGCGGCACAAUAAUCAAGAGACGAUCGUUGGACGACAAACAAGUGCUCAGGUCACCUCUUCGAAUCGUCCCAGUGAGGAUUAUGAAGGAUCUGGGCAUCAACAGUCAGUCAAUCAAGGGCGAAAGUCAUCAUCGCCUGGUCAUCACAAGACAUCGAUCAAUCAUCAAGAUGUGGUUAUGCAACAACAGAAACAAAUGCGAGUUGAUGAAUCUGUACCCCUCAAUACUGGCCCUACAGGAUCAUCAAAAUAUUCCUUGCUUCAAUUUGCCGCACAACACUUCAGGCAUGAUGCUCAAAAUGAUGAGGCUAAAAUUGCACCAAUGCCGACAAAAGGUGACAAGAGAUCAACGGGAAGUUCUAGACCACAGUUGGAUCUUGUGAGAUGGCAAGGAAAUCCUCUAAAGACGCCUCUUUUGCGUCUUCCUUCUGAUUUGGCUAUGCUUGCUCUUGAGUGCUUUGAGUGCAUUCUUCGUUACUGUGGAGAUCUUCCUUCAGAUCCCGAUCUUACUGAAGUUCAAUGUGUCUACACAAUUCUCAUGCAUUGCCACAAGCAUCUCACUUUGCGUGAUGAAGUCUACUGCCAGCUGAUGAAGCAGACAACCGUGAAUCGAUCGCCAAAUCCAGAAUCCGUGCAGAGAGCUUGGCGUUUGCUAAGCAUCUUGGCAGCAUAUUUUGGCUGUUCUGAUGCAUUGCGUCCGUAUCUGAUGGAGCAUCUAUCGGUGGCCGCAUCUGAUCGUCGACGUUCUUGUCACGGAACGGCGGCUGUAUGUUUGACGAAUUUAAGAAAGACAGCCCGAUGCGGCGGACGAAAAAAUGUGCCAAGUGUUGAAGAAGUCACGGCUGUUUCGGCGGGAAGAUCUGCUCGACGACAGAUUUAUCGUCUUCCGGGCGGUGCUGAGCGUGUUGUAAAUACACGAUGUUCCACUGUGGUGGCAGACGUAAUUGCAGAACUGUGUUCCCUUUUGGGAAUUGAUUCUGGAGCUGAACAGCAGGAAUUCUCUCUGUAUUGCAUUGUUCAGGGAGAUGCAUUUACAAUGCCACUUGCAGCAGAUGAAUAUAUUUUGGACGUGACUACGGAACUUUUGAAAUCUGGCCAACCAUUCUACCUAAUUUUCUGUCGCAGUGUCUGGCAUUUUCCCCUGAAGCGCGAUCCUGCCCCAACGCCCCUCUAUGUUGAGGUGCUCUUCAAUCAGGUGGCACCGGACUAUCUUGAAGGAUUGCUGCUGGAAUUGCCAGCUGGCGGAGCACCACCGCCGGAUGUUGUCCGGGAUAUGGCUAGAGUAGCGGCUCUUCUGCAUCGUGCAGCAGAUCUUAGUCAUGUACCAGCUAUGAAAGAGAUUAAGUUUCUGUUGCCAAAGCCAGCACUGGGCAUUCGGGAGCUGCGACCAGCUCAGUGGGUGGCACUUGUUCAGUCUGCCUGGCCAUCUGUAGCACCAUUGAGUCCUGGACAGGUGAAAGCACAAUUUCUGGCGGUUCUGGCCACUUGGCCGCUAUUUGGCAGUAGCUUCUUUGCUGUUAAGAGAGUAUGGGCGGAUGAUGUUGGGCAACUUGAGGACUCUACGUCGAUAUGGAGAGAGUUAAUUUUGGCACUAAAUAGAAAGGGUGUCCUUUUCCUUGAUCCAAAUAGCCACGAGCCACUGCAGCACUGGCCUUUUACUGAAGUAAUUUCAACACGAAAAGUACGUUCUGAGGAUGGAGCUCUUUUCUUGGACAUGAAAGUGGGCAAUUUGAUGCAACAGCGAGUUAUCCGUGUGCAGACAGAACAAGCCCAUGAAAUCUCACGACUCGUAAGGCAAUACAUCACAAUGGCGCAAGUACAGCAGAGAGAUCGACGAGAAUGAGCAUAAUUUAAUAGUAACUGUCGAAAAGUUUUAUAUCAACGAAUUAAAUAUUUUUUUGUUUUAAAGGAUAUAAUCAAAAAUAUUAAGUUAAAUAAUUUUUUUUUAACAGUGGCAACUGUGCAAAAAUUAUAUGUCAUUAAAUGAGAGGAGAGCGUUACAAGUCUUAUCGCACCACUGCAUAUCUAAAAAAUAAUAAUGUGUACUUACCUUUUGACAAAAAAAAUAUAUUUCGAAAUAACUAUUUCUCAUAUGUAACUUCCUUUUAAUUUUGACAAAAAUUAUGUAUAUUUACAGAAUUAUAAGCAAUAAAUUAAAGAUAGUAAUUAA